CACUCAUUCUUCAUCAGUACUAUUGACUCGGUUUGAUGCAUACGUACGACUCAGCAGAUUUCUCUACUCUAUAAAUACUGGCGCCUCUCUGUGUUCCUCCUUCGCAACUCACAAGUCAUACAGCGAUCGACAAGAAAGGGAGCAGUUUAAGGAGUAGAAACUCGAAUCAAGGAGACCACAACUCUACGGCAAUGGCGACCAAGAUCUACAUCGUCUACUACUCGACCUGGGGACACGUCGCCACGCUUGCGGAGGAGAUUAAGAAGGGCGCCGGCUCCGUCCCCGACGUCGAGGUCACCAUCUGGCGGGUGCCGGAGACGCUCCCGGAGGAUGUGCUGGGGAAGAUGCACGCCGCGCCGGGGCGUGAGGACCACCCGGUCAUCACGGCGAGGCAGCUGGCCGAGGCCGACGGCAUCCUGUUCGGCUUCCCGACGCGGUUCGGCAUGAUGGCCGCGCAGAUGAAGGCCUUCUUUGACUCCACAGGCGGCCUCUGGCAGCAGCAGUCCCUCGCCGGCAAGCCCGCGGCCGUUUUCUUCGCCACGGGCACCCAGGGCGGCGGCCAGGAGACCACAGCGCUCACCGCCGUGACGCAGCUGACGCACCACGGCAUGCUGUUCGUGCCCGUCGGGUACACGCACGGUGCCGGCAUGUUCGACAUGGCCCAAGUCAAGGGCGGCAGCCCGUACGGGGCUGGCACCUUUGCCGGCGCCGACGGCAGCAGGGUGCCCACUGACGCCGAGCUCGCUUUAGCGGCGCAUCAGGGGAAGUACUUCGCCGGCAUCGCCAAGAAGCUCACGUCCGUACAAAUCUGAUCAACAGAGGGUUACACAGUGCCAUGUAUGGGACCGAGUGCAAGAUCAUCGUAUCCAGUGGAGCAAAUAUUUACACAAUUAUGUACUGUACGAACAAUCAAACAGUAAUUUCAUUCAGUAUCUUGUUUGGAAAAAAUAUUAAUAAUACUCCAUUUUUUGCUUA